AUGAAUGCGAGAUGUCAAACGAACACCAAGACGACCGCCAUCGCAUGGUCAGACUUCUUUACGACUCCUCAACAAAAGGAAUGCUGUGCCUCGUUCCCCUCAACUAUGCAUUGCCCAGGGACGAAUGGAGACGUUGCUGGCGCUCGCAGAGAAUCGAUGAUCAACGAUGGAAGGAUAGGUGAUACUGGUGAUCGCUGCCCAUGGGUGGAGGUGUUGCAGUGGCAAGUGGUCACACACGCAUGCUUACGGUUAUGA